GUGAGAGUGAGUGAGUGAGUGAGUGAAAAAGAUACUGGAUCAAGUUUCUGGUAGACUACCUGAUUGUUAAAGUCACUAGAUGAGCAUACAUAAUAUGGUGUUUCCUGUCAGGUAAGGACAGCCUGGUGUGGUUGGUACUAUAGCUCACGGAAUCCGACCUCGUCCUGCCAUUUUUCUUUUGUGCUCCUGUUACGUGCAACGAUAAUCACAGCAUCACGGAGAGGCCACUGCAAAUGUCAUAUUUUUAACGCAUGCUGUGGAAUAGCAUUCAACGGACACUCGUCACACAGCCAUCGGUCAAAGAAACAGCUGUUUAUCAUGUCGCUGAAAAACGAAAUUUGGGUGGGCGAAGCGAGCGUGUCGGUGGUUUUUGCAUCCAUACGUACCUGAGCGGCGAGAGCCUUUGCUGAGUAGAGCACAAGAAGUUUAUGCGAUCAACAACCACCAUGAUCUUGAGGAUUUUGGGGGCUACCUUUGUUGUGGCUGUGGCGUGUCUAACUGACAUGAACGCGCUUCUGGACCGCUUUCACAACUAUAUCAUACCACAUUUGCGAGGGGAAGACCGCAUAUGUCGUUGCAACUGUGGGAGGCACCAUGUACACCAUGUUGUUCCUUAUGACGGGGACCAGUCCCUGGUGGACUCAGCGGAGAACUAUCGUGUCAGUGACAGUGUAUCCAAGCAGGAGAUGGACAUGAUGCUGGGUCUUCUCCUGGGCUUCUGUCUGAGCUGGGCCUUGAUGUGGCUGGAUGGCAUGCUGCACUCUGCCCUGCGGGGCUGGAAGUCCAAGCAGCACCACAGUGAUGGGUUGUCCUGGUCCUGGGUUCCCCGAUUUUGUAACCUUAGAGACGUACGCAGACGGGUCCACCUCCGGCAACUGGAGGACUCUACAGCGAGCACAGUCCACAUCAAACAGAAGGUGUAUCACAAUGGCCAUAACAGCCCAAGACACUUAUAAAAGACUAGUAGAACUGGAUAUCUGAGCCUGUAUAAUUGUUUAUACUGAGGUAUAAACACUUCAGAAUUGAAAAUGAAUUAAUUUGACAUUUUAUACUCAAUUUUAAAGACUUUAAACUUAGAGGUCAGCUAAACUGACUUCAAGAUUCCAUCAACCAUGCUU